UCGUUAAUAGAUACAUAUUAAUGGAAUUACAACAAUAUAUUCUUUUUAGUUAAUAUUUUGUGAUUAUCUUUUAAAUUCUAAUAGUUAAUAAAUUUACAAAAUGGUUGACAUGGAGAAUUGUGUUACUGAAGAAGCUGUGGCCAAACCAAAAAAAUUGAUUGGAGUGCGCCACGUCCAAUUCUUCAUGUUAUUUUUGGCUGCCGUCAUCGGUUAUGGUAUGCGCACUAAUUUAUCCGAAGGAAUCGUCGCGAUGACUGCAGAGGAAAAAGAUAGACCCGAUCCCGAUAUACCGACUUAUCCAGAAUGGAAAGACAACAAGAACAUGAUGUUAUCUUCCUUCUUCUGGGGUUACAUCUGUUUGCAAAUCGGCGCAGGUCAGAUUGCCAAGAAGUACGGUCCGAAAUGGUUCUUAUGUGGAGCUAUGAGUGUCACUUCAUUGUUUAGUUUAUUAAUGCCCGUCAUGGGUGAAAACAUCGGUUACGGAGGAAUAAUAAUUUGUAGAGUCUUUCAAGGACUUUCCCAAGGCUUCUUAUUUCCUUCCUUCCAUCACUUGCUCAGCGUUUGGACUCCUCAUUCUGAACGUUCAAAAGUCAUCACGUUUGUCUAUACCGGUGGACCUUUGGGUAACGUGAUCUCUCUUAUACUAACUGGAUAUAUAGGUGACUCUAAACUGGGUUGGCCUGCUGCGUUUUAUUUGUAUGGAGGUAUAGGUUUACUCUGGACUGUUUUAUGGUUCUUCAUAGGAUCAAAUUCUCCUUCUGAAAAUAAAUUGAUAUCUGAUGAAGAGAAAAAGUUCAUUCAGUCUGAAACAAUUGGAGAUGAUCAUAGUAAAGUAACUACUCCGUGGAAAGCAAUAUUUACCUCACUGCCAGUAUGGGCAAUUCUCAUCGGUCACUGUGGACAAAACUGGGGAUUCUGGACGUUACUAUCUGAAACGCCAAGCUAUAUGGAUAAUAUUUUGAAAUACGACUUGAAACAAAAUGCCCUAAUGGCAGCACUUCCCUAUUUUGUAUUGUGGGUUCUGAGCUUUAUCAUGAGCCCAAUAUGUGAUUAUCUCAUAACUAGAAAAAUCGCCUCUAUAGGAAUUGUCAGAAAAAUCUUCAACACAAUAGGUUUAUUUGUACCUGCAUGUGCUCUAAUUGGUCUGAGCUUCGUUGGAGAAUCGCAAGACAAGUUAGCAGUUGCUCUGUUGGUUGUAGCUGUGGGAAUAAAUUCUGCAACAUACUGUGGAUUUAAUGUAAAUCAUAUUGAUAUUUCUCCAAUUCAUUCUGGUACUCUUAUGGGCAUCACCAACAGUCUGUCCAACGUUUGGUCUAUUAUAGCCCCCUUGUUUAUUGAUCUCAUCAAAUCAUUUGAUUACGAGGAGUCCGAUAAAGAACUUUGGUCGAUUGUAUUCUGCUUCGCAGCUGGAGUAUACUUAUGUACUGGAACAUUUUUCAUCAUUUUCGCAUCUGGAGAGAUUCAAGAAUGGAAUGAUCCAAAUUACUUGAAAAAGGACAAAAAAGAUCUGAAAUACUAGUCACAUUAAUUGUUAAUUCUUGAUAAUAUUUAUUUUUACCAAAUAAAAUUGUUAUAAUGUA